UCCGGUUAGUUCAGUCGGUUCAGCAGCUCAGCUGUUUUGUUUCGGACUCUUUAAUCAAAACAUUAAAAACAAACUGAAUAAACUUUCUGCUGCCAGCUUCCGGUGUGGAUUACCGGCUUUUUACCGGACAUUAGCAGGAUUCAUGAGGAUGGCCGAGCCGAGCAGAAGAUUCCUCCCUCACUGACAGAAGAAGAAGGAGGAGCAGGAGGAGCAGGAGGUGCAGGAGUAGCAGGAGGAGCAGGAGGAGCAUUAGGGGGAGCAGGAAGAGCAGGAGCAGGAGGAGCAGGGAUGGAGCGUGCUCACAGCCUCCUGCUGAAUGAGGAGGCGUACAGUCAGCUGGCCGAACAUCAGAAGGCAGAGUUCAUCUUUGAAUGGUUGAACCACCUGAAGAAGCUGCUAGCUGCCUCUGAUAGGGCUGAGAUCAAACAGAACCAGCGCCGUCUGGCCGAGCAGCUAACGAGCGUUCUGAUUGGCUCUCCCGGCCCGCCCACCCGCUGGCUGCUGGCCCACUGUCUGGCCGUGCUGUACCGCCUGGGAGACCCCGUACCUGCCAGCCUAUUGGUGGAGAGGUGCAAUGACAUCAUCCGAAGCAAAGACGACUCGCCGUCAGGCCUUCCGACACGACUGGCGGCCGUGGCGUGUCUCGGCGCUUUGUUCGAGCAGCUCGGUCGGCUGCUCGUCGGCUUGUUCAAAGAAACUCUGACCAACCUGCUGAAGGCCAUGAAGAACGCAGAGUCUCAGGGUCGCUAUGAGAUCAUGUCGAGCGUGGAGAAGAUGCUGCAAGGUUUGGGAGUGAGCGCCGUGCCGGGUCACCGUGACGUCUACAAGGCAGCGAGGGCUUGUCUGACCGACCGCUCCAUGUCUGUCCGCUGCGCCGCCGCCAAGUGUCUGCUGGAGCUUCAGAGGGAGGCGGCGUUCCUGUGGAGCAGCGAGCUGGAGAACGUCGCCACGCUUUGCUUCAGAGCCUUCGAAGGAUCCAACUACAACGUCAGAGUGUCGGUGGCCACACUGCUGGGAACGCUGCUGGCCGCCGCCGUGGAGCCUCGACAUCCUGCCGCAGCCCCCCGGCCGAGCGGGCGGGGCCGCAGCUCUCUGGAGGAGGUGAUGGAUUUGUUGUCGGGGGGCUUCCUGCGGGGCGGGGCGGGGUUCCUGAGAGCCAGCGGAGACAUGCUGAAAGGGAUGAGCUCCGUCGGCAAGGACGUCCGAAUAGGAGUCACUCAGGCCUGUGUGGUCUUCGUCUCCUCUCUCGGUGCGUCCUGGUUGGAGGUGAACUUCUCCUCCUUCCUGUCUCUCCUGAUGGAGUUGGCGUCUCACAGCAGAGCGACUCAGACUCCUGCUGACGCUGUGGUGACCCGCCGCUGCGUCUCCUUCAUCCUAAGGAGCACGCUCGGCUCGCUGCUGGGCGAGAAGGCUCAGACCAACGCCGCCAAGCAGCUGUGUGUCGCCGUGGCAACGCAGAAACGAGCCAUCGAUGCAGCUCUGACUGAUGGGAACAUGGAGACCAGAGUUUCUUCCUCAGACGUCUCAGCUAGUCAACACGUGUUGAUCUGCUGUCUGCUGGAGCUCGGACGCCUCAUCCAGGGACUCGGAUCCACCGCCGCCCCCCUCCUGACGGACAGCAGCACGGCCCUACUGGACACGGUGAUCUCCGUCCUCCUCCACCCCGUCGCCUCGGCACGGCUCGCCGCCGCCUGGUGUCUGCGCUGCGUUGCCAUGGCGAUGCCGUCCCAGUGCUCGCCGCUGCUUGACCGCUGCGCCGAGCGGCUGGUGGCGCUCAAGUCUUCCCCUGAAGCCGUGGCCGGGUACGGAGCCGCUGUCGCCGCCCUGGUGGCCGCGGUGCAGCACUGUCCGCUGGGAAUACCUCACACCAAGGGCAAGGUGGUGUUGAGUCUGGCUGAAGAUCUGCUGCGUUCAGCCUCUCAGAACAGUCGUAUCUCUCUGCAGAGGACUCAGGCCGGCUGGCUGCUCGUCUCCUCUCUCAUCACUCUGGGUCCAGCUGUCGUGGAGCAUCAUCUCUCCCGUCUCCUCAUCCUGUGGCGCUGUGUGUUUCCCGCCUCUCUCAGGGAGCAGGAGAUGGAGCUGCGACGAGGGGACUACUUCACGUGGCAGGUUACGCUGGAGGGGCGAGCUGGGGCGCUCUGCGCGAUGAAGAACCUGCUGCUGCACUGCAGAGAGCUCGUCACCGAUGACGUCAUCAGCCGGCUGCUCACACCGUUAGCCUGCGCUGUGGCCCUGCUCACCAAGUUGCCGGCUCUCGUCAGGUCUUACAGCAGUUCAGUGCGUUUGUGGUCGGUUGUUUACAGACUGAGAGUCUACGAGCUGCUGGCUCAACUUCCUCCUCAAACCUACCAAGAGAGUUUUGGUUUGGUGAUGAACCAGCUGGUGUCUGAUCUGUCGGGUCAGGACAACCUGAACCAGGCGUGUUCAGAGUUGACCCUGCUGCCCACUUUCUGUCACCAUGACGACCUGCAGCUGGUCGGCCCCGCCCUCCACGACACCGACCAGAGAUACAUCGAGGAACAGCUCCACGGCAGCAGUGUGGGAGGAGGCUCUCUGGACAACGACCCCUUCAGUCUGUGUGAGAGGACUGAGGAAGCUCCCGCUCCUCUUCCUCCUCCCGUCGCCCUGACCGCCGCCGCAGUCCAACUCUUCGGAGCGCUCUUCCCCCACAUCAUCUCCGCUCAGAGAGUGAGGAUACUGGAGCAGUUUGUAGAGACGGUGAAUCAGCUGAAGGGUCAACGCCAGCAAACCGUCCAGACUCACAUCUGCGCUGCCCUCUGCAGUCUGCUCAAGCAGCAGGGGAGCGUUCGGGGGUCUCUGGGCCCGGAUGAGAUGCGUCCCCCGGUGUUGUCCCUCCUGUCGGGGGCGCUUGAGAGCAUCAGUCCUCUGCUGCGCUGCCUAGCUGCUGAAGGCCUGGCUCGGCUGGUGCAGCUGGUGGGAGACGCUGGCUUCACCGUGUCCGUGUCCCUGCUCUGCUUCGACAGGCUGAAGACAGCGAGGGACGCAGCCUCUCGCAGCGGCUACACUCUGGCUCUCGGAGCGCUGCAUCGCUACACUGGAGGCAUCAGCUCACCUCAGCACCUGUCCACCUGUCUGGGAGUCCUGUUCACUCUGAGCCAGGACAGCACCUCACCUGAGGUCCAGACCUGGUCUCUCCACAGUCUCUCUCUAGUAGUCGACCUGUCCGGUGGUCUCUAUCGGCUCUCGGCUCGACUGAGGCCGUCCUUCACUCUGGUGCUGCGGUGCUGCCUGUCGGCGUCGCCUACUCACCCUGAGGUGCAUCACAGCCUGGGCCGCUGCCUGCAUGCUCUCAACUGCCUGGGCCCCGACCUGCAGGGUGACGGCGCGGCGCUGUCCGCUCUGCGCUCCAGCUGUCUGGUGGGUUGUGAGGUGAUGCGGGACGGUCCGGACUGUCUGGUUCAGGCCAGAGCUAUUUCCUGUCUGCAGCAGCUACACAUGUUCUCACCGCCACACGUCAACCUGGGCCUCGUACCUGCGCUCUGUGUGAGUACACCUGAACCACACCUGGAUACACCUGAGUACACCUGAACACACCUGAAUAACUACCUGAAUACACCUGAAUACACCUGAACACACCUGAAUAACUACCUGAAUACACCUGAACACACCUGAAUACACCUGAACACACCUGAAUACACCUGAAUAACAACCUGAACACACCUGAAUAC